UUAUUAUCCAGAAUCGCUUAAUUUGAGUUCAAAAGCCUCUGCUUUGGCACAGGCAGUGCGUCAAACAGCGUCUCUCAGGACCCACAGCAGAAGUGCGGAUUUCAAAUUUUCAAAACAAACCCGACUUGUUUGGACGUGUUUACUACAUGAAGCCGAGCGAAGCACACCGCCUUUUCUUAUUACACAGAACUUAAAAAUAACAACAUGGACGCAAAAGAGAAGCACCCUGAAGAUGAAUCAAACUCAAUUGUAAAGCCAUAUGAUCCACGAAAGACAGCUUCCAUCGAUGACUUCAUGAUCCUGAAGCCCAUCAGCCGGGGAGCCUUUGGAAAGGUGUACCUUGCACGGAAAAAAUGCAAGCCAAAUGCUCAGCUCUAUGCCAUCAAGGUGAUGAGGAAAGCCGACAUGGUGGAUAAGAACAUGACGGGCCAGAUGAAGGGAGAGAGAGAUGCCCUGGCCAUCUGCAAAAGUCCCUUUGUGGUCCACCUGUACUACUGCCUUCAAACGGCCACUAAAAUCUUUCUGGUCAUGGAAUAUCUCAUUGGUGGCGACGUUAAGUCUCUUCUCCACAUCUAUGGUUAUUUUGACCAGGAUAUGGCUGUGAAAUACAUUAUAGAAGUAUCACUGGCGUUGGACUAUCUGCACCGUCACAAUAUAAUACACAGGGACCUGAAACCUGACAAUAUGCUGAUCUCCAACGAAGGACACAUCAAACUGACCGACUUUGGUCUUUCUAAAGUUAAGCUGGAUAGAGAGCUGAAUCUGUCGGACAUCCUGACCACCCCUUCCCUGGCCAAGCCGGAUAAACACUACUCUCGAACCCCUGGCCAGGUCCUCUCCUUGAUCUGCUCUCUAGGAUUUAACACGCCAGAAGCGGAGUACCGGCGCAGCUGUAGCGCGUCAGCGGUGCCCAGCCCCAUGUCGUGUGACCGCGCCGAGCGCAAGAAGCAGUCCCUGUGCUCGCUGCAGGUCAAGAGGAAGAAGAAUCGAAUGUUCGGGCCCGGUGGCUCCUCCCAGAAACGCGCGGCCAUGAAGUGCAUGUUCAGCCCGCAGUCCCUGGGCAAGAACCUGACCCCCACGCUGCUGAAGACCCGGCGGAGGUUCGAGACCAUGAGCGCCGUCAGCAACACCGAGUCGGAGGGCGAGUGCAGCCCGCUGUGGGAGUGUGAGGAGAAAGAAAACCAACCUGUAAGCAACAUGGCCGUGGGCGAGGGGCCUUCCGACACCCAGCCGACGAAGACAGAGUCCGUCUGUCCCGAUGCAGACCGGGGCCUCGAACUGACCUCGUCCGAGAAGUUCAAGUUCUCAGCCGAGGCGGCCUCCGGACCGCCCGCACACCCCACCACCGCACCCCAGGGGAACGACCCCCAACCUGGGUCGGACGGUCAGGCGGCCAGCCCGGCGCCCGGCAAGAGGACGUUCUCGGACGUGGAGAAGAGCCCCGAGGCGGCGGCGGCGGGGACCCAGGCUAAGCGGGCCAACACGGCCUACGAGGGGGCCUUCCAGACCCCCCCGGAGGAGAGGCCCUCGGGGCUCACCGGGGCGUUCUCCACCGUCCUCCUGGAGGACCUCAGGCCUUUCCCCGGCAUCUCCAGCCCGCUCGGCGUCACCAAGAACCUCUUUGGCGAGCUGCACGACCCCGCGGAGGACGUGUUCCUGGCCCCGGGGCCGGAGGACUCCAGCUUCACCUCGGACCAGGAGCUCUGCCGCAACCUGUGCCUGGACUCGGACGGCUCGCUGAACGAGAGCUCCGUGCUCGUCGGCGAGAGCCCCACGUCGGAGGCCUCCAGCCCGUCCUGCCGCCGCCGCUCCACGCCGUCCCCGGGCGCGGAGCGCACCGGGGGCCGCGAGGCCUCGACGGAGCCCACCCCGCAGAGGCCCAACCUGUUCCGCCGGGGGGAGCUCCAGUCGCCCUGCCUCGGGCGAGCGCCGGCGGGCGCGACCACCCCGCCUUUGGCCGCCCAGUCGCCGUGCUUCCUGAAGCCCCGGCCCGGGGUGGCGUUCCGCAGCUACUGCAGCUCCAUCAGCCGCUCCAACUUCUCCAGCCACUCGGUGGAGUCCAUGGACACGUCCUCCAUGCCGUCCCUCGUCACGGGCGGCGUCACGCCCGUCCAGAGGACGCACAGCUCCAACGGCUCCCGCUAUCAGACGCCCCAGCCCAUGACGCCGUCCCACACCCCCUUCAGGACCCCCAAGAGUGUUCGCCGGGGCCCCGUGCCGGCCCUGGGGGCCCAGAUACUGGGCACCCCAGACUAUCUGGCCCCGGAACUCCUGCUGGGCAAACCGCACGUUUCAGGAUACGGUUGUUGUGACUUCAUGGUGGACUGGUGGGCCCUGGGGGUGUGCCUGUUUGAGUUCCUCACGGGCGUGCCCCCCUUCAACGACGAGACGCCACAGCUUGUCUUCCAGAACAUCCUCAACCGAGACAUCCCGUGGCCAGAGGGAGAGGAGGAGCUGUCCGGGAACGCCAGGAGCGCCAUCGAGAUCCUGCUGACCAUGGACGUGACCAAGCGAGCCGGCCUCAAGGAGCUGAGCGGCCACCCUUUGUUCGAGGGCCAGGACUGGGACGACAUCCAGAACCAGGCCAUGCCCUUUGUCCCCCAGCCGGAGAACGACACGGACACGUCCUACUUUGAGGCGAGGAACCAGGCCCAGCACCUUGUCGUGUCCGGGUUCAGCCUCUAGAGACCCCCCACAGCUGGGUUCAGCCUCUAGAGACCCCCCGCACCUGGGGUCAGCCUCUAGAGACCACCACGCCUGGGUUCAGCCUCUAGAGACCCCCGCACCCGGGUUCAGCCUCUAGAGACCCCCGCACCUGGGUUCAGCCUCUAGAGACCCCCGCACCUGGGGUCAGCCUCUAGAGACCCCCGCACCUGGGAUCCUUUUGGGUUUUACAGGCAGAGGCGAUUUUAAUUUUAGCAUUUGAUUAUCCUUGGGUGGUGGUGGGGGGGGGGGGGGGGGGGGGCGUGCGUGCGUGCGUGCGUGCGUGCGCGUGUGUGUGUGUGUGUGUGUGUGUGUGUGUGUGUGUGUGUGUGUGUGUGUGUGUGUGUGUGUGUGUUGGCUGAUUCUGUCGUUUUAAAAGGUUUUAGCAACGGUUUCACUAGGAAUAAAUGUAGGUCGAAAAGACUUGGAACAGGAGACUAUAUUUGUCUUAAUAUUUUUUCUUUUAACCAAACGAUUGGAUGGUUCUAAAUCUCUAGUGAUUAUUGCUUCAUGAUAAUGUAUUGCUUGCUACUGUAAACCAGUUGCCCUCGUUUUUAACAUUACAGUUGUCUAACGAUAUGUGUUUAGAAUGGAUCAUAAGUGGUCUCCUCUUCAACAUCAAUAAGUAAUUCUUUGUUAAUAAGCAGCUUGUAAAAAAAAAUAAGGAAAUCAUUAAUAUAUUCAUGUUACAUAGUACCACUACCCAUGCACUUCUUCAUUUUUAAAGUAAACGUCUUUUCUUGUAUCGUGUUUUAAAAGAUUUACAGUUUAUGAAGGAAAUGGUUUUCCUUUAGUAAUGGUCACCGAAUGCUGUAGCUGCUCAUAAAGUUUUAUGUUUCUCUACGUGACAAUGAAAUGAACAAUAAAAUGGAU